AUGGAAACUGAGAAAGGGCUCGUAACUUUAACUUGCAAUAGAUGUAAACUUGGGUCAUGGGAUGGGCCGGCCCAGUUUGAUGCACAUGGACUGCCAAUGCUUGCUCUAGGAUAUCCUCUAUUUGUGACUAUACGAGCUAUAGAGGCUGGCUGUGUGUAUGACAAGAGGAAAGUUGCCACAUAUUGGAUAAUGUUUUCUCUUAUUUAUCUGUUCGAGAAUGUUUUUGCAAAAUUUCUUGAGUGGGUACCUCUGUGGUCGUAUUUAAGAUUAGUUUUCAUGUGUUGGUUGGUGAUACCUCACUUGAAUGGAGCGUUUUAUUUAUACCAAAAUCUUGUUCAUCCAUAUUUGCAAUUCAAACUGCCCAAUGCUAUCAUUCAGUUGUGUGCUGAAUGGCAUAAAAUACUAAAGAAUCAUUCAGUAUCUAUCAACAACGAGACAUUUUUGGCUGUGGCAGAGAGUUGUCUUGAUGAGAAUGAUUCUCUGAUUGCAAGCAAGCCUGAAUGCAACGAGGGUGGCCAGAUUUUGGGAGAUGAUAUCCAAGAGAUGGAAUGCACAGCAAAAUGCAAUGCAGUUGAAUCAAUCCAGAUUGAGAACAUAUCAACUUCAGCUAUACAGGUUAUCAGUAAACCGGUCAUUCCAGCAGUUGCAAUACUCCCAGCUACUUCUUCUCUAGCGGUAUUCCAGACCAGGUGGACAUGUGAAAUAUGUGAAGUGACAGUCAGAUCUGAGCUGACACUGCAAUCCCAUCUUCGAGGGAGAAAACACAGGGCUGAAGCUAUGUUGUGGUGUACUUUCUGUAACUUGAGAGUCUCUGGCGAGAUUGACAUGAUUGCACAUCUCAAGGGGAAGAGGCACUUGACAAAGCUUCAAGAGACUUUUACUAAUUCUGGUGCAUCUUAG